GGGGUCUUGAUCAGUCCCAUGCUGGAUUCCCAGGCAUCAGCCUGGGAUUCAAGAGCUAACCCUUGUCAGGUCAGCGGUUUCUGGGUGUUAAACCAGCCCAGUCUUAAUCCCUUUGGUCAUCAGUCCGGGGAAGCACUUUCUAAGCAGGAAGCUCUCCAGCACAAAAUUUUAUGCAAGUGAGCAUUGUAGUAUGAAUUCUGAAUAACUGGAAAAACCUUUUUCCAUUAAGUCCAAAUACUUUUUUUGUUUUUUUUUUCUAGACAGGGUUUCUCUGUAUUGUUUUGGAGCCUGUCCUGGAACUCGCUCGUAGACCAGGCUGGCCUUGAACUCACAAAGAUCCACCUGCCUCUGCCUCCCGAGCCCUGGGAUUAAAGGCGUGCACCACCAAUGCCAGGCGAAGUCCAAAUACUUUGUACAAAUAUUUUUAUCAGAUUUUCAUUCUUUCAUACAUAUCUGGAAUUUCUUGGAAAUUAUGUAAUUCAUAUAAGACAAUUGUUUUUGAGAGGCACUAUAGCAUAUGAUAUCACAGUAAAGAAGGAAGGACUAUAUUUACAGCUUGAAGACAAAGAAUGUGAUACUAUCAGUAGGGAUAUGUGUGUGUGUCUGUGUGUGUCCAAAGCCUCGGGCUCAUGGUAUAUAAGGCAUGCCUUCUAUCACUGAACUGCAUCCCCAGACCCAAAUCCUAUUUAUAAUUAAAUUUGUGGAUAAACUAUAUUUAUACAUUGUUGACAAAGUUGGCAGAAAUUUUCCAAGCUGAUAAGAUAACCUGAAUUUGAAGACAAAGAAAAUUUAAACUUUAUUCAAAGUUUUUUUAUUUCUGGGUACUUAGAAAUCACUUAUCCAUUUAUUUGAAUUCUGUUCUACUGCUACUGCUUAUUUUUUGAGGUUCGUUCUUAUUCAGUUCUCCCUGUGUACCCUAGACUGGCCUCCACCUCUGCUCCUGAGGUCUGGACCACAGAUGUACCACCAUGCCUGGUUCCCAAGGCCUCUUUAUGUGGAUAUUUACUAAGUGCAGAGCUAUGGGAAGUUACUAUAUGCAUACCACUAACUACUGUUGCACUUUGGGGCAUUUUACAAACUGCAAGUUGGAUAUUAGUGAAAGAGAUGACUUUGUCAAUCAGUUCUCUAGUAAUGAGGUUACCAUCAUUUGUGUACAAGUUGGUACUACUGAUAUUUCAAUGAUUGAAGAGGAAACAAAAUUAAACAAUAAUCGAAUCUUCUUACUGUUAAGUAACUUCAGCAGACACUAAAUCAACUGAAAGUGGGUUUUUUGUUUUACUUAUAGUUGAGCCUGAAGUACAUAACACAAUGUCUCAUUCAAAACAAAUGCUCAGUUUGCAGCCAUUGGUUAAUAAAUUCGCAACAUUUAGGAAAUCAAUGAAUUUUCUGAGGACUUAAAGAUUUAUCUUAAACUUGUCUACACAUCAAAUUUCAAAAGAACAAUCUAUAUUCAGAAAAGGGAACAACAAUUUAAUUUUGUCAGAAUAACACCAAUUUCUAUGGAUCCAGUUUCUCUAAAACCUCAGAGAAUUGUAAGAUAAUACAUUAAUCUCUAAUUUAGUUCCAAAUUGAGCUUAUAAAUGUCUUUGAUUUUAAGGAUGAGGAGACAUCAAAUGCAAGAUUUUUCUGUUCAUUCAAUUAACUCUCAGAAAUCUCUUUGUAGAGUUCUUUGUCUCUAGUUGGUACUCAUAUUGACCUCUCAUUACUAUUUAAAGCAUCAACAUUAACUGAAAAAUUCAAGAUAGAGAUUCAAUCAUUAAUUUUCAAAGAAUAAUAUCAUUCAAGAUAUACUAUCCCCCAUUUUUACAAACACAUCAAUUCAGAAAUUUAAUUACUUUCUUGAAAACUCACUGUCCAAUUAUAGUCCAUAACAACACUUGGUUAAUCGUAUACUUAAGAAUGAAAGUAUUUUUCUAUUGCUCUUCUGCCAUUCAGUACUGUUGAUUACAAGUGUGGGGUCAUCCAGAUUCUUGGUCAUUAUAUGUAAAUCUCUUUUCCUUCCACACUUGGUUUUCACAAAAACAGAGAAGUGAAAAGCCUCGUUUUACUUUAGAUUAUUUCAUUUAUUCAUCAUGUUCUGACAAUUGCUAUUUAAGAAUGCCAGUCACGUAGUACACUGCAUUGUUUUAGUAGUUCUCAUCUUCUAAAAAAUCCACUUGGGAUAUUCUCAUAGCAACUAGCACUUACCCCACAGCUGUCAUUUCCUACUUUUGAUUUGACCAAACCAAAUCUCUUUCACUUGCAGUCUCUCCAUGUAGUUAUGAAUCUCUAUGUCCUAGGGGAGAGAACAAAACUGAACCAGUCUAGUCAUUUUUAACAUGGCCUUAGUCGUCCUCAGUGAUGACGUUUUUAAUCGGCUUCUUUCCUUAUUUAGGAAGUUCCUUCAUACUGCCCUGGCUUUAAUUGUCUUUAAAAGAGAGAUUGGAGGUAUCGUGGUAGUUUGCACUCAGGUUCCAGUAGAUCCAAGCCUUAGUUGAGGCGGUUGACCUCGACUUUGACACACAUGGGCAGAAUUUCUAUCUCACUCCUUCUGUUAUGCUUGAGGCCAACCUGCCUAGGGGAUUAGGAUUCUGCAUUUUCUCUGUGUAGCAGCAGCCUCAGAAAAUGUCCCCUUCCUCCUGGCUGCUGUUAUCUGUCUGUCAGGUGCUAGAAUUAAACCCUGUGAAAAUAUUUUUGUAACACAACUGAUGAGUGAAAAACCAUUCUGCAGAGCGGGGUGGGAUGGUGCAUGCCUUUAAUCUCAACAUUGGGAGGCAGAUACAUGUGAAUCUCCAUGAGCUACAUGCUUUCCUAGUCUACAGCAUGACUUCUGGGAAGCCAGGGCUACACAGAGAAACCCUGUCUCCGAACGAAACAAAACAAAGUGACACAAAACAUCACACACACACACACACACACACACACACACACACACACACACGCACACACACACACAUGGAAAAACUCACAGCAGCAAUCUAGGCAAUAAAUGUGCAAAUCUGAUAGUUCCCUAAAAUAGUAUGCUACAACCCCAAAUUCCUGUUCUGAAUGAGCAGUUGCUGUAUUUAGGCUCUUGUGAAACUUAAAAUAACUUGAUUCUUCAAUAACAAUUCCCUCUUCAUAAAACCACAUAUCAAACAUUACUGUUGUAUUAAUAAAGAUCAGAUCAGCAACUAUGGAAAAACUCAUUUAUGGUAGUAAACUGUGACAAAACCAGGCAAAUACAACAACAGGAGAGAAAAUUAUAGAUCCAUUUGCCUUAUUGGCAUUGAUUGGAAAAGUCUCAAUAAAAUGUUAUUUGUUGGCAAACAAAUACCAAUAACAAACUCCAUACCUAUGAAGGAUUUACCAAGCAGCAUAUUAGCUCAUUUUAAAAAGCAAUACUGAAAUAUGCCUUUUGGACAAAAUGACAUAAUUGUCUCAGUCAGUGCAGAAAACAUUUUAGAAAAUGUAAUAAUUGGAAAAGGAAAACAUCUAUGUAAUUAUAGAUGGCAUGGCCUCACAUCCUAUGUAAGCUACAAAAUGCUAACAGUAAAAAAUUCAUCAAGUUUGUAGUACACAAGAUCAUCACCUUAAAAUUAACUAUUUCUGCACAUUAGCAUCAGACAAACUGGAAAUGAAGACAAGUCUGUUGGAAUAUAAAGAAAUAAGUUGCUUAAAAUGGAAGCAGACAAGUGUGUAGAUGACUUUCAUGAAGAACACAGACGGAGGAACUGAAGUGAACGGGAAGACUCCAUACUGAAAAAAUUGCCCUCAGACUGAUGUAUGAUUUAAUGGAAUUCUUACCAAAACGCCAGUUUGCUGUUUUCCCAGAGGUUCUUAAGUGCCUUUAAAUUUUUUAUGUAAAAAUGCAAGGAUUCUUGGAUAUCUAAAAAUUAAUGAAAGAAAAACAAAUUCAAGAAAAUAUUCUAAAUUAGAAAUCAAAUAUUUGAAUAAUUUGUAUGUGUUAAAUCCAUAAACACUAUUUUCUAUAUUAAUACAGAAAAUAUUUGCUAGUUGUUUGAGAUUGCAUUAAAAAGUUAUGGUAUCAAACUACUUCAAAUACUACAGAAUUGGAAGACUAGCCAUUUUACAUGUUAGUUUGCUCUCAGCAGUGUGGACCACUGGUUUGUAGCUUUUGCACUUAGGUGGGUAGCUGGUGAAUGAGGUAGAUCUAUGAACCUGCAUUUGUGAACUGGGGUAUUUAAAAGGAAAUUACCUCUAUAAUAAUUUAUACAAACUGGUGAUAUUAACCACAGAACUCUGCUUUAUAUCACUUUAAGAAAGUACUUUUAGAAAUACCAUUUCAUGUUUUGCUUGCCUGAUUAUUCCAAACUUAAACAUAUGCGUUCCAAGACUAGAAGUCUUCUGCUUUGUGUUCAUGAUUCCUCUCCUGAACAGUUGUGGACAACCUUCCCAAUGAUUAUGUUUAGGGCAAAAAUAAUGUUGGAAGAAAAAAACUAUGUACAUUUCCAAUGUGGCAGUAAUUUGGACAUUAAAAUGGUGUUUUGACAUUAAAAGGUGUUUUGACUUAAAACUGGAAUUGUUUCAAUUUCCUCAGGAAGACACAGGGUGGUGCUGCAGGCUAAGAUUGUGAUUUAAAACAGUAAAAUACCAGGAAUCUCUUGUGGCAAUACAGAACAAAAGACGAUCACAAGAGCUUUGCAAGCACUUCGGAGCUAUGCAGGGGUUUGGGCAAGGAUACACUAGAUUAAUGUAAGAUUAAGAGCAACGUAGUGAAGAUCCCUCCCAAGAAGAAACCAGAGAUUCAAAGCAUUUGGAUACCGUUAAGGACUGGACACAAUCACUCACUUUCCCAACAUGCAGAAGCUGGAGAGGAUUCACCCUAACAGGCAAGUCAUGGCUUUUAUCUUUAUGCUGGUUUUGGUUCAGGUUUGCAGUGAGCAAACAACUCGGUACUCUGUCCUGGAGGAAACAGAAAGCGGCUCCCUUGUAGCCCAUCUGGCCAAGGACCUGGGGCAGAUCUGGGACCUGGCAGCCCGGUCUGCACGGGUGGUGUCUGACGAUUACAAGCAGCGAUUGCUGCUGGAUCCCGAGACAGGAGAUCUGCUUCUGAGGGAGAAACUAGACCGGGAAGAGCUGUGUGCCUCCGUGGAGCCCUGUGUGCUACAUUUCCAGGUGUCUCUUGAAAAGCCAGUGCAAUUUCUUCAAGGAGAAUUGCUGAUCCAGGACAUAAAUGACCACUCACCAGAAUUCUCAGACAGGGAAAUGCUCUUGAAAAUACCAGAAAACAGCCAUCCAGGCUCACGGUUUUCUUUGAAAUUAGCUCAGGAUUCGGAUGUGGGCAGCAAUGGGCUUCAACAAUACCUAGUCAGCCCCACCUCUCAUUUUCAUGUCCUCACUCGAAAUAACAAUGAAGGCAAGAAGUACCCAGAAUUGGUGCAGGACAGAGCCCUGGACAGAGAGGAGCAGGCAGAGCUGAGCUUGACCCUCACGGCCCUGGAUGGCGGGUCUCCACCUAGGUCAGGAACAGCUAUGGUUCGAAUCCUGAUCCUGGACAUCAAUGACAAUGUCCCUGAAUUUGUGAACAUCCCCUAUGAGGUGCAGGUCCUGGAGAGCAUUUCCCCAGACUCUCCAGUCCUGACUGUCCUAGCCCAGGAUGCAGAUGCUGGCAACUUUGGAAGAGUUUCUUAUGGCUUGUUCCAAGCAUCAGAUGCAAUUCAACAAACUUUCUCAAUAAACGAAGUCACCGGAGAAAUACGGCUGAGAAAGGAAUUGGAUUUUGAGAAAGUUAAAUCUUACCAUGUGGAAAUUGAGGCCACCGAUGGAGGAGGCCUUUCUGGGAAGGGCGCUGUGGUGAUAGAGGUGGUGGAUGUGAAUGACAACGCCCCAGAGCUGACCACAUCGUCACUGACCAGCUCAGUCCCGGAAAACGCUCCUGAGACCAUCAUCAGUAUCUUCAGAGUUGGAGACAGGGAUUCCGGAGAGAAUGGAAAGGUGCUUUGUUCCAUUCCAGAAGACCUGCCAUUCAUCCUAAAAUCCACUUUCAAGAAUUUCUACACCCUGGUGACAGAGAUUCCACUAGACAGAGAAAGUACAGCUGAGUACAACAUCACCAUCUCAGCCACCGACCUGGGCACACCCAGGCUCACAACCCAGCACACCAUAACAGUGCAGGUGUCUGACGUCAACGACAACGCCCCCGCCUUCACACAAACCUCCUACACCCUGUUUGUCCAGGAGAACAACAGCCCCGCCCUGCACAUAGGCACCAUCAGCGCCACAGACUCAGACUCAGGCUCCAAUGCCCGCAUCACAUACUCUCUGCUGCCAGCCCACGACCCGCAGCUGGCCCUGGACUCGCUCAUCUCCAUCAAUGCGGACAACGGGCAGCUGUUCGCGCUCAGGGCGCUGGACUAUGAGACCCUGCAGACCUUCGAGUUCCGCGUGGGUGCCACAGACCAAGGCUCGCCCGCUCUCAGCAGCCAGGCACUGGUGCGCGUGCUCGUGCUGGACGCCAACGACAAUGCGCCCUUUGUGCUCUACCCGCUGCAGAAUGCAUCUGCGCCCUGCACAGAGCUACUGCCCAGGGCGGCGGAGCCAGGAUACCUGGUCUCCAAGGUGGUGGCUGUGGACCGUGACUCUGGCCAGAAUGCCAGGCUGUCAUUCCAGCUGCUCAAGGCCACAGAGCCAGGGCUGUUCAGCGUGUGGGCUCACAAUAGCGAGGUGCGCACCUCCAGGCUGCUGAGUGAGCGCGAUGCUCCCAAGCACAGGCUGCUGCUGCUGGUCAAGGACAAUGGCGACCCUCCUAGGUCUGCCAGUGUCACUCUGCAUGUGCUGUUGGUGGAUGGCUUCUCUCAGCCCUACCUGCCUCUGCCCGAGGUGGCGCACGAAGGCGCACAGGAGGAUGACUUGCUCACACUGUAUCUGGUCAUUGCCUUGGCGUCUGUGUCUUCGCUCUUCCUCUUGUCUGUUCUGUUGUUCGUGGGGGUGAGGCUGUGCAGGAAGGCCAGGGCAACAGCGCUGAGGAGUUGCUCUGUGCCUGAGGGACACUUUCCUGGCCACCUGGUGGAUGCCAGUGGCAUGGGGACCCUUUCCCAGAGCUACCAAUAUGAAGUAUGUCUGAGGGGAGACUCUGGGACUGGUGAGUUCAACUUCCUCAAACCCAUGAUCCCCAACUUGCUGCUUCAGGAUGCUGGGAGAGAAAGUAAGGAAAGUCCCCACUGCAGGGAUAGCUUUGUAUUCAGCUAAAUAAUCAAAGCAGUCCCAUGUAUCUUAAGAAUUAACAUUCUAGCUUUUAUACACAGAACUGUAAAGGCUACAAACUUUUUUCAAACUACUGAAUGUGUGCUUGUGUCCAACGGCUCUUACUGCUCCUGUUGGUAUUAAGCAUUGUUAGGUUGUCAUUAUCCCACGUGUUUAGUACGGGUUUUCCUCCUAUUUCCUCCUACUGGGUGAUAAGAAAAAAAUCAAGAGUAACAUAACAGAAACGACUUACAGAUCUUAGACUGAAAGGAUAAUGUUAAAACAAAAUUUUAAUUAAUUAAAUUAAAUUAAUGAACAGUGACAUGGAGUUGUUUCAGUGGGGGGGGGGUGCUUACUACCACCAAAACAGAGUUGUUUCAGCUAUCCUGGGUCUUUUGUUUUUCCAUAUAAGGUUGAGAAUUGUCCUUUCAAGGUCUGUGAAGAAUUGU